GGCAGCAGCAUGGUCGGUUGGCUGGUUCAGGCUCACAGACUGACACACAGACAGACGGACGGACGGUGGUCAUGCCAUUUUCCAUGUGCCUUGCUGGGGGCGAGUUAGCGCCCCACAAGCAGAGCAGAGAGAGCAGAGCAGCUAUUUUGAAAGUGACCCCUCAUUCAGGCAGCGACUGUGCAGCUGUCAGGAACCAUGACUGAAGAUGACGGAUUCUGUUGUCGUGGAGGGAUAUGCCAGACUCCGAGAUGGAAAAAAGUGGAAAACUAGGUGGCUCGUUCUUCGCAAGCCGUCGCCUGUAGCAGACUGCCUGGUUCUGCUGGUUUUUAAGGACAAGUCGGACAAAGCUCAAGGCAAUAAGGAGAGAGCCAGUGUCACCUUGGAGGAGAUCUGCGGUUUGGAAGCGGGGCAGUGGUAUGAAGGCGUGGCUUUUACUCUGGCCAUCCUCUGCCUGAACCAGGCUGUGCUGCUGGGCUUUGACAACAAGGAGGCGCUGCAGGCGUGGGAUGUCCGCCUGCGAUACAGCCUUGGAGAAGUUCACAGAUUCAGUGUUGGAGUGUUGCCAGGGACCAAGUUGGAAAGUGGACCUGCGACUCUUCAUUUAUGCAACAACCUCCUGGCUCUGGCCCGGGAAGUCCCUCCUGUCAUCAUCGGACACUGGAACCUUCCAGACCUGCGCAGAUAUGGACCCGUACCCAACGGCUUUGUGUUCGAGGGAGGGACUAGAUGUGGUUACUGGGCCGGUGUGUUUUUGCUGGCGUCUGCUGAGAGCGAGCAGAUCAGCUUUCUGUUCGACUGCAUCGUCCGAGGAAUCUCCCCCACCAGAGGCCCUUUUGGACUGCGGCCAGUUUUGCCAGACCCCAGCUCCACACAGGCAAGCUCAGAGGAGAGGCUGAACCACGAGGCCCAGGAGCUGGAGAAACGGCUGAGCAUGCUCUCACACAGAAGCAGCACAGUUUCGUCCUCAUACUGCCCAUCUGCUGGAGGAGAUGACCGCAGCAUAUCUGGCUCCUCUGACACCUCAGACACUAGCCAAUCAGACUGCAGCAUCGGCAGCCGCCUCGCCAUUUGGACCGAACCGCCCGCCACCCCGUCUGAGAUCACCAGCCUCUCUAAAACAACUCUACAGAGCACGGACAAACUUUCAGUCAAUCAGGGAGGCGGAGUUCGACCAGCAACAAAGCCCCCACGGCAGCUCCAGGAGAUCGGCCGCCAGAGCUCGUCUGACAGCGGCAUCGCCACCGGCAGCCAUUCCUCUUAUUCUGGAAGUUUCUCCUCCUACACGGGCAGCCUGGACAUCACAGCAGGGGAGGAGUUUGGCUCUGUUUUCAGCCUGCCUCCACACUUGGCUCAAGAUCUGAGCCCCUGUAGCUGCUCUGCUGUCCCUGGACAUGAAUAUCAGGUGCCUUUGUCACUUAGGUAUCUUUAUGACUCACCUAAGAGUGUGAUACAGGAAGGGAGUAAAGACAAUGAACCCUCCACUCCCAGCGCAUCAAACCGCUCUACAAACUUAACAAAGGAGGAGAAAAGUGGCGCCAAAACAUGUGAGGGCCUCUCAGAAGCUCCUGAAACAAAGUCAGUGAGUGAACACUUUGAGGAAGGUAAAAAAACCAAGACAGCGCCCUCUAGUGAGCACCCAGACUCGUGUCACAUCUGCACCUCCGUCUCCAAAACCAUCGUGACCAUCUGCUCCGUCUGUGGAGGAUUUAAGGGGACGCCGCACAUCCCUGCAAGUGGGUCAGUGAUCCCUGCCAUACCAGAGCAAAGUGUUGACAAAUCCCCAUGCAGCCAAAACAAUAUUACAAAUUCCUGCCCCUCUCCCGGCCUGGAGAAGCUGACAGCAAGGACGAAUGAGGAUUCACCGCUGCCAAAAAAAGGGAGAGAGAAAUUAGCAUGUCUCUUAGCCGAUCUGUUGGGCUUUCCAAGUGCUGUUAAGCAGCUGGAGGCAAAGUCUAACAGCCUGAACUUGUAUGAGUCAAUGAGCUCCAGGAAUGAGCUCAUAUCUGCACCGACUGUCACCUGUGCUGCGUCACAAGGCGCGCACCUGGAGAAAAAAGCUGUCAUUUACGAAAACUGUCUCAAGUGUCAGGGAGAGCGCUGUUGGCCUCUUCCACGGGCCGCACCUGCUGAAGUACAUCACAUCAGGAGCAUUUCCACCUUAAAAACACUUUCAGCCAGGCAGAAGAGCAGUGAAGAGCAUGAAGCUGCUAAUGAAGCUCAAGGUGAUGCAUCACAGAGCGCAGACAGGUCGUGUCAGUACGGCGAGAUGAAUGGUCCAAAAGUGACCUGUGAAGACAAAAGGCUUCACAGUAAAGAGGAGAAACGCAGAGCUGAUCCUGCUUAUGAGAUCAUGGAGAGUCGGGCGCUGGAGAGGAACUCUGAGGCAGAAGAGAAAAACAAGUACGAGUUAAUGGGCAGCUGUAGUCAGCAGAGGUUCCUGCAAGAGACUGAAGGGGCAGUGUUUGUUUUCCCCCCGGAGGCUCCGCUUCCUGAAAGGCAUCGAAGUGAAGGUGUGACAUACGUAAAUAUUCCUGUUAGUCCCACAUCCAAGAAGCAGCUCAACUACAUGGAACUGGAGCUGCAAGAGCCAGGGCCUGGAGCCCGAGGGACUGCCUCACAUCUACCGCCUCCAAAAAAAAGCUCCACCAAGUACGCCCAAAUUGACAUCACAGCCACAGAAACAGCCCACAAAGUGGGGACUCAGCACGCCCUGGGUCGGCAGGAGGGCCUGCACACUCUGGAGCUGAGGAGAAAGGGGACGCCACAUUGACUCCUUCAUCACUGAACUGCUGAUCUCAGCAGGAUUGGUUUUUCCCAAGACUAGUGAACUACAACAACUAUUAAGUUUCAAAGAAACACAGUUGAGAGUUUUUCAGUCCAGACUGCUCCCUAAAAAAACCUCAGAGGUUGACUUUGGGAUUUAUCUCUCCUCUGUUACAUCUCUGCAAUGCUGGUACCCCAGUCAAGGAGAAGAGUGCUUCCUGAUGUCCACAUUCACUCUCACCUUGGUAAUUACAAACACCAUAAGGAUGGUGUUGACUCUUGAGAGGUUUGGCACAGGGUCAGGCAGAGCAUUUCAGUCAUCUCAUUAAAUGGCAUCAUGUCAGUGCUGCAGCCUCUGGCUAACAUGAAGGAAGAUGUGCAGAGCUGAGUCACUGUUACUGAUAAACCCUCCGAGCAGAGGCUUUUCACAGCUCAUUCGGGCUAUCCCUCAUAGCAUGUAAAAGGCUGUUUUUAUCCUUAUUUGGGAGGAUGGGGCAUGAUGGUAGCAGGGGAGGAAGCUUGUUUAUUCUCACGAGGAGGAGUACACAUGCUUUGAUUUAUUCCUCAGUGACAACUGUCAGUAUUUCUGCAUGGAGUUACACAAAACUCACUUUUCACUGUGUAAUAUAAUAUAGUCACACUUUCCACCCAGUCUUACUCAGAGUGUUGCAAAUUUCAGGCUUCAUGUGGGCAAAAUUCAAUUUAAGCAGGAUAAUUAAUGGUUCUACAUCACUGUGCAUUGGUGUAAUAAAUGGAUCUGUUGUUUCCUGAUAGGAGCAACAUCUCUGGAAUAGUAUUACAGAUUCAUAAAUAAUGCAAAGCAGAGAGGAAAAAUCAAUAUUUUUUUCUGAAUAUCCCCGCCACAACAAAAUGUGCCAGAAGCUCUGGCCCUCAUGGCCUUUAUUCAGAUGAAUUUAUAACCUAGACACUGAUUGGAGUAUUUAAAACCCUCUCUGUUAAUCCUAAUUUGGUUUAUGUUCUGUAGAGAAGUAGCUCUCAACAUUUAUUCUUGAUUCAGUGUACAUUGGAAGUUUGCCAAGACUAUUUAAAAUAAAAGCAUUCUGUACAAGUGAACAGAGUUUCUCUAUAGAAAUGCUAAACCGGGCUUUUACUUUGAAAAGCACAAACCAGAAAAACAUUCAUAU